AUGGAUCCCGCUAUCUCAACCACAACGGAUCCCGCUGAACGAAAUAGAAUCCAUGAGCAAUUCAUCAGCCAGUUCCGCCCCAAUCCGGAUGGUCCUGAUUAUGACUGCGGUGGCAAAUACGAAGAACACCGAGGGCUGCUGAGAGGAAUCCGGGACCCUGGAAAUUCUACCCCUGACGACGUCAAGCCUCAGGCCAUUGAGUAUCUCAAAGAAGACGUCUUCCCUUUCUUUGAGCGUUGCGAAGAUGUCCACAAGCAGGAGCGAGAUGAGCUCUUGGCCGUCUACCUAAAAUACAAUGGGCCCGAUGGAAUUCGCACCCGUCUCCAGCCAGAGCUCAACGAGAAGCGGGGAAGAGUAAUGGCCUUUGGUCUAGACGAUGACAAUGCCACAGAGGCGAUGACGAAGUUUAUCCCCUAUGACUCGGCGACCGGCGUGUACUUUUGGUUCGGGAAAGGAGGCUACGUCACCUACCAUAACAUGCAUAAAGAAUUGUCAACAGGAGGCUCCGACAGCAGUGAUUUUGAACCCCCUGUUAUCAACCACAUUCCCCUUGGAACAGCGGAGAAUGGCAACAUGGCGCACCACCACAACAUCAACCCCGAUGACGAUCUUUCCCUCAAUCCCGGCCUUUUGGAGCUUUUGCGGGGUCUGAUGAAGCUCAAGAAUGCCCAGCCAUUCAUCAACUUCGCCCACGAAAAGAACGCGGACAACUACCAGGGUGUAACCUGGAGGCCUCGCUGCUUGAGUUUCAUCGAGCAAGGUCUUCAACUGGACCCCUCCAUUGGCUACGGAUCUACAGCAUUCUUCAACGACAUGCUUCUGGUGUUUACCAACACUCGGAAGGGAAACCCCUUUCUCUACACGGAGGAGAAUAGACAAGCAGAUGGCGUGGAGUCAGUGAUGAUGAAGAGACUGAAAACGAUGGGAAGCGCCGGUGCGAAGCUUCUGGUAAGUCAUCCCAGCCGGUGUAAUAUCCAACUAAAACAGGGACCAGAAGACUGGUCGGAUCCUGAAAUGCUCUACUUUAAAGCACCCCACAAUCCACAUCUCGACAAUUUUGACGGAACAAAACCUGAUGAAAACAAAGUUAGGACUCUGGCCUGGUGGCAGGUUUGCUUGAGUCGAAAGCGCGUCCAGAAGCUGCGUGCCAGCCUGGCUUCCACAGCACCAACUGCACACCAAGACACUCAAACCCCUGGCUUGGACAGCGGUGCUCCGCUAGACCAGCGCUCCGGAAAGCGCUCUCACGAGCAGAGCGUAGAACCCGAAAAGGAUGGCCCGAGCCGCGUUUCAAAGCGCCCGAUGUCGAAUCCUGGCAUCAAUCCCAACCACUGCACAGAUCCUCUGGGACAGCCUGGGCUCAAGAGUUAUCGACAGAUGAUGGGCCUCGAGAGGAAUGACGAGGAGGACGAGAUUGACCAGAGCGAGGUGGUGGAGGAGAGAGCUCCGAAGCGACAGCGUUUGACCGAGCCCGCGGCUGUUACCAACCUUGCUGCCACGAGCUCUGGGCCGUCUCGUCCUGGUCCAUCUGCGGCUCGUACCAGACUUGCUGCCACGAGCUCUGGACCUUCUCGCCGUGUUCCAACUGCGGCUCCUGUCCAGCGCCGCUCUUCGAAGCGCCUUAGGGCUCAAGCUGAUGCUGACAACGACAGCGACGAUGAUGACGAUGGUGGUGAAAGCCACGGGGCAUCUCGUUCCAAGCGACGCCGCCUCACAAAGGACACAAACUCUGCGGGCCUCCCACACGCGAGCCCCGAGGCUGGGCCGUCCACCGCAAGCAAAGAGAUGCAUGAGCCAGCAGCCCUUCUUUCCCACAGCGGUCAAGCCCGGGCAUCAUCGGCCGCUGGGCAGCCAGCGCCUGAGCAAGGAAAGAAGCCGGUCCAUUACCCGGCGCCAGCAUCGCAGGCCCUACCCUCCAGCAGAAACACCGUGGCCAUGAGCAAGCUCGCCAAGAUGGGCAAGACACGCCCGUGGGUAUUUGGCUACAGCACCGACGAGGGCUACGGCCUCUAUGCAUUCAUGAAGUGUCCGCGCCGCAACUGCAAGCAGCGAUUUGCUAGCGAUUCUCUUCGGAACAACCACGCACGUGACCACCUCUCAGGCUGCGGUCAAGCCUUCAUCGACGAGCAGGACAUGGUGAGGCAGUACGCCAGCCAAGUGGUCAAGGAUGCGGGCAGGAAGUCCGACCUGACGGUCGACUGGGCGCGCAACUCCAACAUGAACCUUCUCCCUUCGAAUGAGAAGGACAAUCACCCCGAUAACUUCCCCCAGCCGCCUGCGGAUGAGUAG